AGUUCAGUAAGCAAUUAAAUUCUACUUAUUUUUACUGACCAAAAUCAUUAAAAAUUUACUUUUGGGAGCUAAUUAUGCACAAAAUUACUUAAUACGGUCAUUUUUCACUGUGCGAAUAUAAACACACUAAAAACUCUGAAGUUUGACAAAUUUUAACGUAAAUCUAUAAUUAUGACCUGAAAAGUGACUCAUCCCCUUAACAGUGCUUCGCUGUAGUUCAAAUGCUUGCCUUUGCAUUUAAAAAUAUUUCUGAUCUGCUGUUAUUUAUAUAUUUAGGCCAAACAAACAAAUUUUUAUUAAUUACUAGCUACCCCGACAGACUUCAUUCUGUCAAAAGUUAUUGGCCUGUCACAGUCCAAUAGAAAAAAAAAUACAAGUAUUUCAGAGUGAUCAAUUUAUUUAUUUCUUUAAUGUCUCAAUAAUAAACAAUUACUUACAAAAAUAAUUUUUCUGUUUCGUACACUGUUAGACUUUAGUAAUACUGUGAUGAUAUUUUCAUUGUAAUGCUUUAUGAUACACAAUAUUUUUUGUUUGAUUACCUGGCACGUAAACAAAUAAAGCUGAAGGUUUUCCAAUGCGCAAGCAGGUUAAAAUACAACUGUCCAUGAGAGAGCAUGGGUUUUCAAGAUUAACGCUACAAACACUCAAAGACCGACGCUGACCCUGGGAUUUAUGUAUGGUCAUAGCGAAAGCAAGCCGUACUGGAAAUUGCAGUCAUUUAAAUUCAAAUGGUACGUCCGUUGGUACCAUUGGGAUGCGAGGUACUGACACAUCUUUUCCCUUAUAUUUUUCCUUUAGAAUGGUUGCUUCGAUCACAUUGUUCAGUAAUUUUUUUCACUGCUAGCCGUGUGCCGUUACAAAGACGCGGUUUGUUGAUAUUUCGCAACAUUAUGACCACCGAUCCUACUUUUAAAUUUAAGAUUAUGAGGUGACAAUCCUGGCAAAUCCAGUGAGUUAAAAAAUCCUGGUGGAUAGUUCACGACAUAAUCUUAGUUAGUUGCGCAAUCAAUUGAUUUGUCUGUCCUUAAUUCACCGACAAUUUCAUUUUGAAUUUUGAAAUUUUUUUUUAUUUACCUACAUCCAUGUUUUUGGCAGCUAAUAUAGCUCGUUCAUUCAACCAAAAAUGAUCUCUGUAAUUUUGAGCGACGUUUGGGAACAUCUUUUGAUUGAGCUUGGUUUUUGAUUCAGUAAACUGACAAAAAUUGACAGGAAAUGUAAUGCAGCCAGUCAAAACGUCUACAGGGAUUUUGCCAUUACCAAUGUCAAUGAGUUGUUUUGAACAUAUUUCUCCAUAUCCAUCAUUUUGCAAUUCGACACACAUAUUCUCGCUUAAAUUUAGUAUUUUAAAGUUUUUCCACAUAAUGGAGGAUUUUAAACAUGCAUUGUGUUCAUUCGCUGGCAUUGACACGUGGAAUCACUGGUAAUGUUUGACGAAAAUCUCCUGCUAACAAAAUCAUCGCUCCGCCAAAUCGGUUUUAAUUGCUUCGCAGAUCUUUCAUAGUUCUGUCUAAUGCCUCUAAAGAAUUUUUAUGUGCCAUACAGCCUAAUCAACUUGAAGGCAUACCAAAGAUAAUUAUAACGUGCUUUUGUUUUGUUUUGAUUGACGUCAAAUGUUUGACAGCUAGGGUGUUUUAAUUUACUCUGUGGUUUGUAUGGGAAAAUAAGAGUGUUGGUUUUACUAUUUUCCUCGCAAUUUUUAGGUUUUUCUCUCUCCAUAAGAACCUCCCUUGUGCCGUAACGAACACAUGAAAAAAAAAUAGCUGAAUUGGUUGAGCCGUUCUCGAGGUUUGCGCUUAGCAACACAUUUGGCGAUUAAUGUUUAUUUAUAUAGAUGUGAACAGUGUAGCAAAAAUUUUUAUAAGCAUCUGCCAAGUCAUUCUGUAUGUUAAAAUGUUUUUGCAAUAAUAAGUUUAUUGGCAGCCAAUACAAAAUACGAUUAUUAUAGAAAAUUAUUUUUAAGCUCAAAAUAAUCACUAGCCUACAUAUUGUAAAUGCUAAAUAACAUAAUUAUAUUUAUAAGUAUUUUUACUAUCGGCAUUAGAUUUGUGUACAGGUAUUGACUUUUAACUAUUUAGACAUCUGCCAUUUUGUUGUGAGUUGAUAUGUUUUUGUUAUUAUUAGGUUCAUUGGUAGCUAAUACAAAAUAUUUACGUUACCGGGGUUAAUUUUGAUACUUCGAAUAAUGACUUCUUUGAAAACAUUUUUUCCUUCUAAAUAUUUGAGUUGAUAUUCGGGUGGUUUUGUGUACAUUGUAUUGAAUUUUAACUUCUUAGCAAUCAACAGUUCGUUUGUGGGUUAUUGCUUUUGUAAUUGUUUCGUUUUUCUUGUAGACAAUACAAAUAAUGUCAAAAUUUGAAUAUAGAAACCUUUAAUUUUUCAUUUAUUUUUUAUUUGAAGAUAUGUUUUGUAAUACGCCCAUUUACUUAUUUUAAUUUCAUGUUUUUUUAUAAUUGUAUAAUAUAUCAAUUGAUUAAUGCUAUGUUUUAAGUAUGAUUUAAGAUGAUAAAUGAACAGUUCUAACUAUGCACUAUGCGUGGCCUAAUGGAACUCCUUUGUCGAGGGAUUUACUGCUGACCUGCGCUCAGGGGCUGUGGAACUACCCCGUCUAAUAGUGAAAAGGGUGACUGACCGUCUCUUUCUUUGUUUCUGGCCAAUAGGGAAACACAAUUCAAGGCCAAAGGAAUAUUAAUUUUAAAACUAUUUCUAAAAAAAUGAAAAUUUUUUAAUUGAAUAAGAUAAAUUAUGUUACAGUGCACCAAUGUAAAUUAUACAAAAAUUCAAACAUAUCGCAAUAAAACUUUGACCACAAACACGUAAUCUGACUGCGGGGGCGGGGCCUAGGAUAGUCGAGGAGCGCUGGUUGGUGGACCGUGAGAGCUCCAGGGGCACCGAACAGGCCUCCUCGAGGUUUUUUAAAUUUUCCUUUUAUCCAAAUCAUGUUUUUAAAUAAUUCCUUAUCGAAACUGUAUAUAUGUGUUAAUUAGAUUAGGCAAAAGAUCACCGAGUGCUGGAAUGUCUCGUAAAUACCAAAUCUGCUAAUUUAAAAAUUUGUGAUUAAUAAAAACAUAUUGAAUUUGAAUUUGAAGAAAUUGUGCGAAGAGAGAAAAACGGUAGUCUUGAUCUAGUCUUGAAGGCAGAUUAACAUGUCCGACCUUCGAAAGGUCCCGGCACAGUUCAAUAUUUAAGAGUUCUGGGACCUGAAGCAUAAAUGCCGGUCCCAGGAAAUUUUCUCUGCUUAGGGCACGGUAUAGUCGAUGAUUAAAAUAUAAGCAAGUCAGAUAUUAAGAUAGAAUAACAAACGUAUGUAAAACCGAGCCAUAGCAGCCAAGUUACAUGAGAGGCCAUUUAAAAUAAAAAAAUUUUAUUGCAUCUGACCUCGCAACCAGUCUCGUUUUUACCCAGUACUAGCCGGAGCAAAGGACAGACGGAGUUCGUCGUAGGGCGGGUUACAGUUUAGAGUGGUAAAAUAAAAAUUACAGUUAAAGUAGUCUAAUAGUAUUUGCCUAAAUAGUUCUUUAUUAAAAUGAUAGUGUGUUUUCUUUUGUACAUAAAAGUUUAUAAAAAAUGAAUUAAACAGUUGAUCAGAUUUGGUAAUCUACAUUGUGCAUGUUAGUAUAGUGGCUGUUCAAAAUUUACACCUACAUGAAAAUAAAUAUCUCCCAUUGCUUUAUGAGCAGCAGUGGCCAAACAGUUUUACAAAUUCCUUGUUACAUUAAUAUUUAAUUGAGGAAGAGCCUUGCUAUUGGUGAUCACCGGUUGUAAUAAAUUUUCAAUUGAGAUAAUGUCAGUGCUUUCUGAACAAAAGCAUCUGGCAAAAUAUACAGUAUACAAAAAUUAAAAUGCUGUUUAAAGACCUCCAUAUACUGUAUUCUCAAUAUUAGGGAUUCAAUACCAAAAUGCCAGUUGACAUAUGUAUAUUAUAGAAUGUAUAAUGGCCUAAUUUAAACAUUUCAGAUUUACAUUUAGAUAUUUUUGGCUAUUUCCAAAAAAAAAAUUACAUGUAAUAUAACUACAAAACAUUUUAACAAUAGGCAAGGUAAGUAGAUACUAAAAACACCUGUAUUAAAAAAUAUACAAAUGUUUGGAAAUUCCACAGCAAAACUGGGAUUCCAAACAAGUUGUUGAUCAAAAGCCUAUUUUUUGAUGGAUUUUUUUAUUCGAAGAUGUGCUUAUUUUUUACAUCGGUUUUGAACACCAUAUAUGAUAAUUAACAGUGUGUUCCCUUCCAAAGAGUAUUUUAAUGUUAAAGAUACUUUAUCAUUAACCUUUUACCCGCCACCCCAAGAUCUCUCAAAAAAAUUAUAUAUUUUCCUGCGAAUUAUGUUUACUUAAUGUAUUAUUAAGAAAUGAAAAUUGAUACAUUACAAGAAAAAAAAAAUUUAUAUUUAUUUUGCUAUGUUCCAGAAGUGGAACAUUGGCAGGAAGUGAUUAUACAAAAAAAAAUCAUCAAUUUUUUUUUUUAAAUAUAUGUAUUACUAUAUAAACUUAUUACAAUGUAUAUCCAUAAUAGCUAUCUCCCAAAAUUUGAAAAAUAUAAAAAAUCAACUUGGAAACUUUUUUUUUAUGGAAAUACGGGGUAACACCCAAGAUAAAUCCUGCUUUUGAGUUUGAUGUGUCAACAGUGCAACAUCUCUUUUACACGUGAAGCCAUAUCAGUAAUGUCUAUUAUUACACUUUCAGUCCAUGGAAAUAUGGGAAACACUCAAUAUGGAUCCUCUUCUUGCACUCAUUUCAUUGGUACUUCGUAUUGGAGCUACAAUGAGCACAUUUUCCCUGUGAUGCCGAAAUCAAGUAAUGCCCAUCUGAUUUUCGUUGAGAAGGAGGUAUACGAGGCUUUGACCCAACUCUAGGCCCCUCCUUUCGAGGAGAAAUUCGCAGGAGGGCCAUUGUAAUCUGAACAAUAACAUUUUUUGUUUAGGUAAAUGUAAAGUAAAAAAAAAAUAGAAAAACAAAUAGAAAAAACGAAACGUACCUGUCACCGAAAGGAAAGAUGGUCCAGAUGUAAACGCGAUGGUUUUGGAGUGAAGCUCUUUGUGAACAAUCCAGGCAGCAACAAGACAUGUUGAGCGCGUUGGAGAACAAGUUUCACCACCACUUUUUUUAACGCAAUUUUGGCCGUGGUUGCCUUUGGAAAGUGUUGGACAGGAAACUGCUGGAAUGGCUAAGGUGCAGGUGAUUAAUGUGGUGGUUUUGGACAAUCCUUCACCAUUCCUGAAUCCAUUCCAGUUUGAGAUAACAUUUGAAUGCACAUAUGAUCUCCAGGAAGAUUUAGAAUGGAAGAUAAUCUACGUGGGUUCAGCAGAAAGUGAGGCAUUUGAUCAGGUUUUGGACACAGUGUAUGUUGGACCCGUUCCACAAGGCAGGCACAAGUUUGUGUUCCAAGCAGAUCCGCCAGAUCCGUCAAAAAUUCCAGUUGCCGACGUGGUUGGCGUCACUGUUGUUCUUCUUACUUGUUCAUACAGGAGUCAGGAAUUUAUUCGUGUGGGAUACUAUGUCAACAAUGAUUAUCUGGAUCCAGAAAACAGAGAGCAACCUCCAAAUGUCCCACAGUUCGACAAGUUACAAAGAAACAUCUUGGCUACCAACCCACGGGUUACACGUUUCCAGGUGGAGUGGGACGAUGCUUCAGCAGAGCCAAGCAACUGACUGAAAUCCUAAAAGUGCUAAGUUUUGACAAUUUUUAUUUUUGUGUACAAGUUGAAACCAAUUUUCCAGCAGAUAGUUUUCAAUUUGUGCAUUGUUAUUGAAAAUUGCAAUACAUGCACCUCAUUUUGUGCUAUAUAAGUCUGAAGAAUUUGACUGCUGUGAAAGUGGCUGUGAAUAUUGUUAUUUUAAGAUAUAAAGACUAACAAAAACUAUGUUUAAAAAGUAAUUUUUUUACAAAAGUACUUAGUCUAAAAGUGUUUGCGAAGUAUGAAACACAUACCUAUCAAACUCUUGUUGCUGCAAAAUAAAUGUAUGCACGUAUUAUUUUCAGUUCAUAAAAUAUGUGCAUAACUUUUACAGCAAACACAUUGUAAACCAUUUGUAGCUUAUAAGUAUUAACAUUGGUCCACAUUUUAAAUGUGUGUCAAUGUAAUGUGAACAACACAGUACUAAUACUUAUAUUUGAUCUGCUGAAACAGAAACAUUAUGGCAGGUGUUGAUUUUCUAAUAAAGUUAUGUUGUGUGAAACAAUGUUAAAUUGUACUCAACAUUUAGUAGUGGCAGUUACAGAAAGUGUGAAUUUAUGUUGGCUGCUAGAACAGAUAUUGCAACCAUGUACUGUGUAGUCACAUUUGAGACAGAAGAUGGAGUUUUUUUUUCCAAAAGUACAUAAUCUAAAAGGGUUUGGUCUGUCUGAAACACAUACUUUUCAAACUCUUGUUGCUGCAAAAUAAAAGUAUGUAUGAACUAUUUUCAGUUCAUAAAAUAUUUGUACAACUUUUGCAGCAAAUUUGUAGCCUGUAAGCAUUAAAAUUGAUCCAAAUUUUUAAAUAUGAGUGUGCAUGUAAUGUGAACCACACAGUACUAAUUCUUAUAUUUGAUCUGCUGAGACAGAAACAUUAUGGCAGUUGUUGAUUUUCUAAUAAUGUUUUUUUUGGUAGUGUAACAAUGUCAAAUGUUACUGGACAUUUGGAAUUUCAGUUGCAAGAAGUUUUUUAUUGAAAUAAACUAGUGUAAGUGUGCAUUUAUGUUGUCUGCUAGAACAGAUAUUGUAACCAUGUACUGUUUAGUCACAUUUAUGGCAGAAAAUAGUGUGUAAUUGCUUAAGAAUAGCAAUGUUAUGUAGGUAUAGAACUUUCAUAAAUUUUAUACUUGACCAAAAACUUUAACUCUCUAUGUACAUUUCCAAAGUUUCCUCAACGAAUACAUGUUCCUGUUCUGGUACAACUUUUGUUUGUGUAAAUGAGGGAAUAUUUUUUGUACUGAAUUUAAUGAAUAAAUAUAUGUUUUUUUAUA